GCUGGCCUUCGACGGCCAGGCCGGUACCUUCCAGUUCGCUCUUGGCAACGGCGCGCCGCCCGCAGCAGCAGAUCAGGGCGUGGAGCUACUCCUGCCUGCGCCCACGGCGCAGGAGAUACGCGACAAGGCUGCCGGAGAGCAGUGGCCUGUCCACGUGUCAAAGGCCACUGCGACAGACCGUGACAUCCGCGUGCAGCGCGGGAACGUGCAGCAUGCGCUGAACGCCCAUGGCGGCGAGGCCUUCAGGGGCGGCAAGUGGAAGGAAAAGGGGUGGUCACAGAUGCGGCGGUGGUUCACGGAGAAGAAGAGGGGGUGGACGGGCGAACUCGUGUCCCUGCCGCCGCCGCCGCCUUUGCUGGCUUUGCCAGCGCCGCUUCAACCACCAGCGCCGCCAGAGCCGCAGGCAGAGCAGCCAGCACCGCUUCAACCACCAGCGCCGCCAGAGCCACAGGCAGAGCAGCCAGGACUCCACGAGCCAGCCCCGCCUCAAGCUGCAGGGCCGCUGGAACCGAACCAGGAAGCGGACAAGGACAGCAGCACCAAGGGCAGCGACGAGGGCUGCAGCGACUCCGAGACCGCAGAGGAAAAGCAGGAUGAGCAGAGCCAGGAGGAGGAGAGCCAGGAGGAGCAGAGCCAGGGAGGGGAGAGCGAGACCCUCACCGAGAAGCUCACGGCCGCCGCUUUUCUUGAGAGCGAGUUUCGCCUGGAGAGCCGCCUUCUCCGCGAGGCAAACGAGCAGCUCCAGGAGGAGAACGGGGAGCUGCAGCAGGAGAGGGACCAGCUUCUGGAGAGCCGCGAGGACUACCUUAAAGAGAACAGCUCCUUGGAGCGCGAGAACAGCGCCCCAAGCUCGAGCUGCGGAAG